GCUAUGCGAGUACGUACACGCGCGUAUGUGCGCGACAGAACAGAUUUGACAGUAUCUAACUGCGCUGCGCGAGAGCCCAGCAAGAGCAACAAGAACACACACACACACACACACAAACACACGAGGGUCAACGGGAGCAGACAACGCACUAUAGAGAGCUGACUUGGCACAAAGGAGGACACAAGUGCAGUGAAAAUCCUGUCCCCUGCACAGUCAUGGCCUCAAAGUUCAAUCCAAAUGUCCUUUAUGUCGGGGAGCCCCGGGAGUCCCUAACUUCUCCGGACCCUCAAGCCGAGGCGGGUGACGAAUCAUCGGACAGUGACGGGGAGCCGGAGGAGACCUCGAACAAACUCAUCAGAAAAGUGUCCACGUCUGGUCAGAUUAGAGCCAAGAAGAGUGUAAAGGAGGGUAUUCUACUCAAACAGACCAGCUCUUUUCAGAGAUGGAAGAGGAGAUAUUUCAAACUGCGAGGCAGGACUCUCUACUAUGCCAAAGAUUCAAAGUCUCUCAUAUUCGAUGAGGUCGACCUCUCAGAUGCCAGCGUGGCCGAGACCAGCACCAAGAACAUCAACAACAGUUUCACAGUUAUUACUCCAUUCCGUAAGCUGAUGUUGUGUGCGGAGAGCAGGAAGGAGAUGGAAGACUGGAUCAGUGCUUUGAAGUCUGUACAGAAAUGGGAGACUUAUGAGGCCAGUCAGUUUAACAUGGAGCACUUUUCCGGGAUGCAUAACUGGUACGCCUGCUCUCACGCCCGGCCCACCUUUUGCAACGUGUGUCGAGAGGCUCUGCCGGGGGUCACCUCUCAUGGUCUUUCUUGUGAAGUGUGUAAAUUCAAAGCCCACAAGCGCUGUGCCGUACGAUCCACAAAUAACUGUAAGUGGACCACUCUGGCGUCCAUAGGAAAUGACAUCAUUGAGGAUGAGGAUGGGGUGUCAAUGCCUCACCAGUGGUUGGAGGGAAACCUGCCGGUUAGUGCUAAGUGUGUGGUGUGCGAUCGAAACUGUGGCAGCGUUCGCCGACUACAGGACUGGCGGUGCCUCUGGUGCAAAGCCAUCGUGCAUAAUAGCUGUAAAGAGCAGUUGGGAAAGGUUUGUCCUCUGGGUCAGUGUAAGGUCUCCAUCAUUCCACCCACUGCACUCAACAGCAUCGACUCUGACGGCUUUUGGAAGGCCACCAUUCCAUCCUGUUCGAGUCCUCUGCUGGUGCUGGUGAACAGUAAGAGUGGUGACAACCAGGGCGUCAAGUUCCUGCGCAGGUUUAGGCAGCUUCUGAACCCGGCGCAGGUCUUUGACCUCAUGAACGGCGGCCCACAGCUGGGGCUUCGCCUCUUCCAGAAGUUUGAGACCUUUCGUAUCCUAGUGUGUGGUGGAGAUGGGAGCGUGGGCUGGGUUCUUUCUGAACUGGACAAACUCAGCCUGCACAAACAGUGCCAGCUGGGCGUGUUACCGCUGGGCACAGGAAAUGACCUGGCACGUGUGCUGGGCUGGGGAGGACUCUGUGAUGAUGAUGCUCAGCUGCUGCAGAUACUGGAGAAACUGGAGAGAGCUACAACAAAGAUGCUGGACAGAUGGAGUGUGAUGACCUAUGAAGUGCCCACCAAACAGACUCCAGCAAUUUUAAAGGAGGAGGACCCAUUAGACUCCCCCCUACAGAUUACACAAUAUGCUGAUUCUGUUGCCACUCACUUGACCAAAAUCCUGGACUCUGACAAACACAGUGACGUUAUAUCAUCUGCUAAGUUUCUUUGUGGAACAGUUAAUGAGUUUGUGGCUGAGGUCGGCAAAGCUUAUGAACGGGCCACAGAGAAUAAAGAGGAGGCCGAUGCUAUGGCAAAAAAGUGUGCCAUGUUGAACGAGAAGCUGGACUCUUUGGUUAAGGCUCUCAGCGAAGACGCCAGUGCCCAGCUGGUACCAGCCGUACCCAUCUCACCAGACGAGAGUGACACUGAUCAGUCCAGACCCUUCAGAUCAAGAGAGCAGCUGAUGCUGAGGGCCAACAGCCUAAAGAAAGCACUCCGACAAAUCAUAGAUCAGGCAGAAAAGGUGGUGGAUGAGCAGAACAGACACACCCAGGUACAGAGAAUGUCAUCCUCCUCAUCAAUCAAAAGAGGCAGCAGUGAGGACCUCAAAGAGGUGGAGCCACGUCAAAACACAUUGAGUCCAACCACUACAACCCCUAUAUUACUGGAGAAGUCAGAGAGCUUCAGCACUGUGCUUUUCUCUGAAGAGUCUGUGCAGUGCACAGAAAAGUGUGUGAUGAAUAACUAUUUUGGCAUCGGGCUGGAUGCCAAAAUAUCUUUGGAGUUCAACAACAAGAGAGAUGAGCACCCAAAAAAGUGCAGUAGUCGCACUAAAAACAUGAUGUGGUAUGGAGUGCUAGGGACCAAAGAACUGGUGCAGAAAACUUACAAGAACCUGGAACAAAGAGUCCAGCUGGAGUGUGAUGGAGUGCCCAUGUCUUUGCCGAGUCUUCAGGGUCUUGCCGUUUUGAACAUCCCCAGCUAUGCAGGAGGCAUUAAUUUCUGGGGUGGCACCAAAGAGGACAAUAAUUAUGGAGCUCCAUCGUUUGAUGAUAAGAAGCUGGAAGUGGUGGCUGUGUUCGGCAGCAUGCAGAUGGCCAUGUCCCGAGUCAUCAACCUACAACAUCACCGCAUCACACAGUGUCGGCAGGUGAAGAUCACCAUCCUGGGUGAUGAAGGCGUACCUGUGCAGGUGGAUGGUGAGGCCUGGAUUCAGCCUCCUGGCAUCGUCCAAAUUGUCCACAAGAACCGAGCCCAGAUGCUCACCAGAGACCGGGCAUUCGAGAGCACGCUGAAAUCGUGGGAAGACAAGCGGAAAGGAGACAGCCGCCCGGCCCGGCCCCGACUGAACUCCCAGCAGUCCAUGGAGUAUCUGACGGAGGAGGAAUGCGCACAGGUUCAGCAGCUUGGCUUAGUGGCAGACUCACUCAUCUACAGGAUCCGGGAAGUGGCAAAGACUCAUAAAGUGGUGGAGCAGGAAUUAGCUCAUUCUGUCAAUGCCAGUGCUGCGGUACUGAGUGAAGCCUUCCCCUCCAAACCCUCCAGCCCUGAGGUUUUGAGUCGCAGCACUGCUGUAGACAUUGUCAACAGCAGUAAAGUUCUCCAGCAAGAGACCAAGAUGCUGCUUGAGGGAAAACUGCUGCAGUUGGAGUCUUCUCAAAAAGAGGAGCUUCUUUCCACAGUGGAUAGUCUCGGCGCUGAGUUACACAAGCUGGAGGACAUUCACUGGAUCUGUCCCAGCAUGCACUGCUCUGAGGAGGACCCGUCCCGUGUGUUGGUGAAAAGCAGUAUGAAGCUGAAAAUCAUGCCCAAGGGCAAGAAAGAGAGAGACAGGCUGCAUAAGCAGCGGUCCAGCAGCUCUCUGUCAGGAUCUUGGGAUAAUAAAGGCGGGGUGUAUGAUGUGGAUCCUGGAGGCAACUGAAGAGCUGAAGUGGUUUGUUGCAGCUCAACUGUGAGGACACGGGAUGCUGCUUUACGCCCAGUGAGGGAGGGCGGGAGAACACC